AUGUUUGAAGCAGAAGCACAUUAUCUGAAGUGUUUUUUGUUUCGAAAUCUAAGUAAUGCGAAACAAAUUACGUCUUCUUAUUUGUUGUCUAAAAAUUGUUGUUGGCGGAAAAUUCAAUACAAGAUGGCUGGCACAAAUCCUGUUGAUCACAGAAGAAAAUGGGAUAAAGCUCAUUUUGAAAAAUUAGCCAGUGAUAGACUGAGCAAUGAGUUAGAGGCUAUGCGAAAUGCUCGCAAGGAGAAAGAAACAAUUAAGAAGGAAUAUUUACGAGCCCGUGACUAUACAAUCGACUUAGAAUCUAACUUGAAUAAAUCACAAGUGAUAGCGAAAACUGGUCCAGGUUCUUCGCAAGCCGGCUACUACUGUGAAGUUUGUGAUUGCGUUGUGAAAGAUUCUAUCAACUAUUUGGAUCAUAUAAAUGGCAAAAAGCAUCAGAGAAAUAUGGGAAUGUCUAUGAGGAUUAAGAGAUCUACAUUGGACGAAGUUAGAGAAAGAUUCCAACUUCAUAAACAAAAAUCUGAAGAGAAAGCUGAGGAAUAUAGUUUGGAUGAAAGAAUGCGUCAGAUCGCUGAGGAAGAAGAAAAAUUUAAGGCCUAUAAACAAGAAAAACGAAAAGAAAAAAAGCGUAAAAAUGAAGAAUUGUUCGAAGAUACUGAUGUCGCGGCUGUAAUGGGGUUUGGGGGAUUUGGUAAAAGAUCAAAGUAA